AUGAUAAAACAUUUGAAAGUGUUUAGACUCCGAUCUUGGUAUACCCUCAAAGGCAAUCUUACUGAGUACGUCGAUCUUACCGUGUUCCAGACCAACAUAGUACCUUACCCACGAAUUUAUUGCCCAUUGGCUACCUAUGCUCCAGUCAUCUCUGCUAAGAAAGCCUACCAUGAGCAACUUUCUGUAGCUGAAAUAACCAACGCUUGUUUUAAACCAGCCAACCAGAUGGUCAAAUGUGAUCCUCGUCAUGGUAAAUACAUGGCUUGCUGUAUGUUGUACCGCGGUGAUGUUGUUCCCAAAGAUGUCAAUGCUGCUAUUGCUACCAUCAAAACCAAGAGAACCGUCCAAUUUGUUGACUGGUGUCCAACUGGUUUCAAAGUGGGUAUCAACUACCAACCACCAACUGUUGUACCAGGAGGUGAUUUAGCCAAGGUCCAGAGAGCUGUUUGUAUGUUGAGUAACACGACUGCUAUUGCUGAA